AAAGAACGGGGUAGAGGCAUGCCUAAGUUACCCGCCGUUCAUAACCAUGCUUGAUGAAUGACAGCCAGCAGUUAGUGACUCCCCCCAUUUUGUUGACUUGCAUGGGCUUUGAGUCCAACAUUGGAAAUAAAAUACCGCUGCAAGAAUGGAUGAAAAGAUAGGACCAGUGGGUGAGGAAAAGCCUUCCCCAAGUCAGGACAACACCAGAGACCCAAGAGAAACCUUACCUAGACUCGAGUCCACCAGCACCUGCACACAAAGUGGGGACAGCCUGAAGGCACAGGAUCUCAGUCCUACUACACAGCUGGUGAACGCUGCUAUCCUUGAGAGUCUGUAUGAGCUUCAACUAGCUGGGGAGAUCUCUCUGUAUUCCUCAGACUCCGAUCUGAACAGAUCCCAGCUCGAACCUAUCCUUGAGGAGGAAGGGUCUGUGAUCAGUGAGGAUAAUCUUGACAAGGAACGGAGACAGAGUGUGUUGGAUGAGGGUAUAGCUCCUCCAGUAGCUGAACCUUCAGAGACUCCGAGGACAACACAGAUUGUGAAUUCUGAGGAGUGUGUAGAUAAGUACCAGAACCACAUAGAAAAGGAUAGUGUUUCAGGUUCUGAAGCAACAAGGGAAGAUCUUGGUGGUAAGAAUCCUGAGGAUACUGUACAGGAUUCAGGACAAGCUUCAGGUGAUCACAAGGAGGAAGAUUUGGAAGUGAGUGAGAAGACUGAGAGUGGAUUAGGCAGAUCAGUUGAGACAAGUGAACAACUUGAGACUGCCACACCAGACCCAGACUCAGAAGCUACUCAGCCAAGUCAGGAUCUUGAAUCAGAAGCUGCUGAGGUGGAUAAAAGUGGUGGAGAUAAUUCUGAUGAAUGCUGUCAGGCCGUGAAAAGUGACACACUCGGGAAAAGUGAAAGAGUUGGCGAUAGUCCUGGACCAAGAGCAGAAUUACCACGAUCCGUUGAAGGCAGCUUCCGGGAGGGAACUGAAACAAGUGAUGUUGUGAAUGAUAAUCUACGAAGUGUAGAAAAGUUACCUGAGCACAAUUCCAAGGAUACUGCGAAAGAGAAGGAGGAUUUUCCAGAUGGAAAGGACAAUGUGACAGGUGUUGAGACUGAAUCUAAGGAGACUACACAAGCAGACAGCAAGAAGCCCCCACCCAACACCAUGGGGUCCGGAGCGUCCAAGGAUGGGGAGUUUGUGGAGGAUGGACAAGAUCGCCAGUAUGCCCAGAGGUCAAUGGCUCCCAUUUCAGGGAUGUCACCUUCAGGGAGCCAGAUCACUCAGAGGUCAGGGUCACCGCUGAAGAGGAAAGGGUCGUCCCUCAGUAGGCACCUGUCAAAAUCGCAGCUCGGAAUAUCAGGGCUCCCUCCAUCAGUCUCCCACUUUAGCUCUUCAGUAUCAAAGUUUAUAGGCUCUGAUGGAUAUGAAGAGGCCAUUGUCAGAAUAACAAAAGUUGGAUUUAGUCUGCCAGAGAUUACAAUAAUGGAAGGCCAAUCAAUCACAUUUGUGUGGGAAGAAAGGGUAUCCAUGAUACAGGUAAUAUAUGACGGAGAGAAGCUGCGCCCUGUGAUUGGUGGGUAUCAGGCCAGUCCCGAUGAAACAGACGGACAGUACGAGCUACAGUUCAACCUGGAGGGAGAGUACAAGUUUGCCUUGAAUGGAGUUCGCUGUACCCCUCUGGCUGUGCUCGUCCGACGGCGGAUGGACCUUCAGGCAGUUGUCACAGAUGAAGGGUUUUCCCCAGACAUCAUUGAAAUCUUCCAGGGCCAUACGGUGAAGUGGUCGUGGAAGCAGUGUGCCGUCCCCCACACCAUCAAAGAAGUCAUCCUCUGCAUGGACAGAGGCUCCUUCAGGAAACAGCCCACAAAUGCCAGUGUGGUGGCCACAGUGUCAGGAAGCUACAGACAUACCUUCCAACGCCCAGGCCUGUACUACUUCCAGACAGAGAGCAUAGAACUGGGGCGGACACACCUGUGUGUGGUGCAGGUCCGAGAGGCACCGAGAGAGCACAAGAUCGAGAUCCUGGACCGCUCCUUCCAGCCCAUGAUCCUGCUGAUAGAGGAGGGAGACAGGGUCUGGUUCUACUGGGACAAACACAAGUGUAAGAAGCAUCACAGUAUCUACCAAGUGGAAGCGCCUUCCAUUGACCUCGAUGAAGAUGAACCUUACAUUCCUAUCAAGGACGGGUUCCGGUGGACCGUUCCCAGCAAACAAGGAAUGUUGUCACACGAGUUCCACAAGACGGGGGUGUACUAUUUCUCCGACCAGAACUUUGAGGAGGCAGCAGAGUACCUGGGCACCAUCAUCGUCAAGCCCCGGCCCAAGGAACAUCACAUAGAACUCAAGGAAAAGGGCUUUUCACCUGAUCUGCUGUUUGCCAACACUGGAGACAGGAUAUGGUGGACAUGGGAUGGAGAGGGAAUCGUCAACGUGAACGAAACUCUUCUGGUGCUGGAGGAAGAUAAGUGUCUUAACCCCAUCGCUCGGCGCCCAUCAGCGGAAACUGAAGCCUACAGUGCAGAAAUGUACAUAGAUCUGGAUGAGGCGUCAAUGAAGCUCCUGACACGUGUUGGUCAUGCAACGUAUCACUUCACAACAAUUGGCGUGUACAACUUCCGCGUGGCGGACACCGGCGACAGUUUCACCACCUGCUCUGUUGUGGUCAAUCCAGGCUCCCGGAACCACACAGUACAUCUGACAGACAACGGGUUUGAGCCAAAGGUGAUCACGAUCCGGCCUAACGACCGAGUGUGGUGGGUGUGGCAGAGUGGCAAGAAACAGCAUAACAUUAUACAGGUAUCCCACCAAGGCGUACCUAUCACCAAUGGUUUCUGUAGUGGUCAGACGCGAGACAGUCCGUCAGCGUUCACCCACCAGUUCAUCAUGCCAGGCGUCUUCUACUUCAUCAGUAAAAACCUGCCUAAAGUGUUUGGGGCUGUCGUCGUGUCUACACAACCUCAGGUCCAUGAAAUCAGCGUCACUUCGUCUGAAAUCAAGCCUGACCCAGUUGUGAUCCAGGUGAACGACAUUGUGGCGUGGACGUUCCGCAACCCGCGGACGUUUGACGUGGCGCUGGUGGAGACGGUAGACCAAGUGCUGGAUGCCCAUUUCUCAGAGAAGGUGCUGACUCCCAGACGCUGUAUUCCCCGUGCGCUGACAACCACAGGGAUAAAACACUACCACAGCAAGUCCUUCCAGAAACAGAAGAGCAAGCAGAAUUUUAUGGCAGAAACCAAACUGAGCAGUGUGAUAGCUGACGAGAGAUACGACAACGAAGUGAUCCGUGUUGAUAACCAAGGCUUCCAUCCAGCUCAACUCUUCCUGCAAAAGGGCCAGAGUGUGUUGUGGACGUGGAAGGGCAGCGACAUCCCUCACAACAUCAUCCAUGUCAACUCCCCCAACAGUGACAAUCCCCUGAACGUGAUCCAAGGAGCCCAGUCUUUCAAUAGCGGCAAGCCGGUCGCAAACAACAGCUUCCUGUACACGUUCGACGAGGAGGGUGCUUACACAGUUGCCUCACAGGGGGCGCCAGGGUUCGCCUGCACCAUCUCAGUCAUGGAUGUUGCACCAAGGUGCCCGGAGCCUCGCAUAACAUCUGACUCGAACGGUGGCACCGUGAACCGCUACAGUAUUGUGAAACUGGCGUGUUCCCUAGACGGUACAUCCAUCUACUACACCAUAGAUGGAUCUCUACCUGCGCUGCACUCGGACGCAACCAAGAGGUACAAGCCAGAGCAGGGGGUUAUUCUGAGGGACUCGGGGCUGAGUUUUGUCCGAGCCAUGGCGGUUAUUGACGGCUACCUCAACAGUCACAUCUUCACAUCCAAUCGGUUCUGGGUGCUGACGAGAGAAGAGGAGGGAGAGGGUGUUCCAGAGGACUCCCUCACAGAGGACAUCCAGGACAAGCAGGAGACAUCGACAAGUGCCUGGAACUGGUGGAACUGCUGCCCUACCAUCAAGGGGUGCUUCACAGCCCCAGGAGUCAUGGAGCUGUUCUGGGAGAAGCCCUCAGAGGGGGCACAGCAUCUUGUCAAGGGAUAUCAGGUGUUCUUGAAUGGUGUGACGUACUGUGAAAUGUUCCCCAAGGAUAACAACAGCAUCAACAUCAGCGGCAUGGCGGGCAACCGUCUCUACGAAGUCUAUGUGGAGGUCUAUCCUAAACGGUCAACAGAGGAACCUCAGAAGUCCAACAAACUGCGUAUGCGAUGUCCGUCCACGACGCCAGAGGGAGGUCCAGUGAUCUCUGUUGAGGUGUCGGAGAAGUCGGAUGCCCUGACCAUCGUGUGGAUGUCCAUGGACACACCAGAAGUCCCCAUCGAUGGCUACCUUGUCUUCCUAGAUGACCAGCAGUGUGGACCCAAGCUGGUACCGGAUGAGGAUUCCAACCGGUGUAAAGUGAUCGUUGGCAGCUGUGAACUAGACAAAACCUACAAGAUAUACGUCCUGGCGCUGCUCAAAGGAGUCGAUGAGACGCGGAUGUCCAACAUCCUGGAGGUGGAGCUGCCCCUGGACAAGACUCAGAUCAUCCUGCCCGGCGAGGACCAGAGGCUGGAGGAUGACGAGGUGUACCAGGAGUACCUGGAGAUCCAUGAGGGGUCCGGAUACCUCCCCGAGAUGGACAAAUCCCCGACGGAGGACGUGGACGGCCGGAAGGGGGAGAAAGUGGACACUUCACCACCUGUCAUGCUAGAUGCUUCCACGCUAGAAGAGAAGAAUCAGCAUGCUAGCACACUCCCACCCAAGGUUAUUGAAGUUGAAACAAGAGAUGAUUCAGAUGAUCAAGGGGUCAUGACCGAUGACAACCUGGAGAAAUCCACGCAGACUCGACGAGGUCGCGGUAAGCAAGGCCAACGGUUUGAUGACAGCCCCUUGCCUCAGAGCCUGAUUGAACAAAGUGAGUCCGAAUCAGAGAGUGAGUCCGAGUUUGAAUCUGAAGAAGAAGACUUCCCUCGCAACAAUGUUGUCAUCCUGGAUGCAACCAAAAACCAGGCAACCGACUCCGGCAGGACUGAGAAGAAGCGCACUUCAAGACCGCGCAGACCUGCAGAUUCUACACAGUCGUCACCACGGAAACGCUUCUCUCCACGAGAUGGGAAGUAUAUAGAACCAGAGGACAAUUUGCUGGUGACCCACCCCGACGAGAGGCAGCCGAAGCGUAAACGUACCAUGGCCAUUGUGGAGGUGCAGCAGCAGGUGGAGCUGGACGUGGACAGAGUGGAGGUGCAGGGCAGCUCGGACCGACCAGACCGCAAACUGGCAGUACCGGGAGCACACGAGGGGGCCAGCAUGAUGCAGAUCGGAGAGGGAGAGUUCAUCCUAGGAGACGGGGACGGCAUCCUGCCUGCUCCGUCCAUCAUGGUGGAAUCCCGUGGCAAGAAUGGCGUCAAGGUUGCAUGGGAGCUGCCCAAGUCGGUCGACUCCCAGUACAAGCUUCUGCUGUACGUCGUCAAUGUUGUCGGCACAAAGUUCACCAGCGACAUCAACAGUGACAUCAGCUUCGAGUGUAACCUGGUGGAGAAGGGGAAGCCGGUGCGGGGUGUUCAGCACUGCUGGAACAUCUCCGACAAGCAGAAGUGUACCCUCAGGGGGCUGGUGCCCGGACUCACCUACAGAGUGUAUGUGAUCGCCAACUACUCCAUGGUGCAUGGGCAGCAGGCGUGCGAGAUUCAGACAACGUCCUCUGUCAUCUACUAUACCACCAUGGGCCCACCCAAACCUCCCAAGAUCAAGAUCGUCAGUGUUGACCUCUACCAGGCUAUUGCUGAGUGGGACCCGCCCUCCGUACACCCGGACCUCAAGCUGAAGGGCUACCAGAUCUAUGUGGACAACAAACCUCUUGGUGGUGUCCGGUCCAGCGACGUCCGGCAGAUGGUCAUCAACAACUUGAUACCAGGCAAGACUCUCAGUGUGUAUGUGGUUGCCAUAACAUCGCGGGCAAGUCAGGAGAGUGAGCCGUCGCGGACGAUGCACAUCACGUGUCCGCGCCGACCCCCAGCAGUGGCUAUCAGCCAACAGCCGUCCUACAAGAAGGGGUGUGUGCUGGUGGCCUGGGACAAGCCCAGAUACACCCAUGCUUCCAAUGAUGAGGAGAUCUCUCUGUACAGUAUCUACAUUGAUGGGCACUGGCAUGGAGAAGUGAAGGCCAACAAAAUGAGUGACAAACAGGGCUACCAGUUCUUCCUCACCGAUCUCUCUCCUGAACAGCCAUACGACAUCUCCAUCAGGGCCAUCUGUGGUACCCGCCGCGUGGACUCUGAUGCCCAGCACGUCUACUGCCUCAGUGACAGCGGCAUGUCCAACAUCGUCCCCGUCAUGGCGCCAGCAGCGCCCAAGUCACCCAAGCUGAGGCUGGAGGGACUCCACCCGGACGGUAUUGACUGUACAUGGCAGGUGCCCCAGCAGUUCGGAGACGCUUCCAUAUCGGGCUACCAGAUGUUGAAGAACGGCAAGCUGUAUGGCUCCAUCAUCCCGCCGGACGUGAACAGCCUCCGUAUCCGGGACAUGAUGCUGGGGGAGAAGGUGCAGCUGCAGCUCAUCGCGCUCACCGAGCACCCCGUCGGGAAGGACACACGCAAGUCUCUGGACGGCGACUCCGGCAUCGAGGGGGGACUCAGUCAGCCAGACGAGAGGAUCACAGCCACUGCGCCAGAACCACAUAAACUUAUUUUCCACGCACAUGAUGAUCCUACGGCAGAUCUGCCAGCUUCUGUUAAGGAUGUGUUCACUGGUGACCGUUACUCGGGGUGCAAGCCAGGGCCGAAGUUGGUGGUGCACUACACAGGACUGGUUCAACCCCCGAGGGAGGUGUGGUGCGAGCAGGUCACCGGACACUCCGCACUCAUUGUGUGGAACACAGAUUUUGAAGCCAAGGCUCACUUCAUCCGUCCGGACUGCUACCAAGUGACAUGGUGGCCCGGUGACCGGCCGGAGGAGGAGAUCAACAGUGAUAGCACGACAGAGGAUCAUCUGCUCAUCACCAGUCUGCGGCCAUGCACCUCGUACACUGUCGUUGUGGAGGCCAGGAAAAUGGAGAAGUACACCGACAUUGAUGAGGGAACUUGCACAACAGAGACACCUGAUGGCCUUAAUGCAUUCAUCCUGACGUCCAAGUCCGACCAACUGGCCGUGAAGACUGCCUCCCCGCCCGAUGCCCCACGUAACCUGGGGGUGAUCGCCACCACAUGUAACAGCCUGAAGGUGGCGUGGGACCCACCCCAGGAGCAUGGAGUGGAGGUCAUAGCUAUGCGGAUUGAAUGUGUGUCCCUCAACGCCAACGACCCGCACCAUGUGUCGGUGGACACCAUGCCGGACGCCAAGAUGGCCAUUGUGGAUCAUCUGCUUGAGAAGACAGACUAUCUUGUCCGAAUCGUCGCUGUCACGGAUGAAUAUUUUGACCGUCUGCCUGACAAACACAAAUACAAGAAGCACCGCUCCAUACCCAAAGAGACCAUGAUCUCACCAGAUGAUUCCGUAUGGCUUCCAAAUGCCAGCAUUCUGUCCAAAACUGCUGGAACGGAGCCACCAACCAACAUCAAGGUCGUACAAUCUUCCACAACAUCUCUACGCCUGAGUUGGACUCCACCAUUGGUGUAUGGGUCAAACAAACUUCAAGGUCAGAUCAUCCGCUGGGCAGACGUCAAGAAGGGCAGGUUAAAAGAUGAGGAUUUGGUUGUUGCUAGUCAUGUAAAUCUUCUCGCUACAGAGGACAGUCUCACGAUCGAUGAUCUUUCCCCAGGAGCCCAUUAUAGAAUAGUCAUAGAAGCUGUGGUUAGCAUCAAAACUUCUCUGGAUCCAGACAAGUGGGAUUCUGGGAUUGAGAAAUAUAGAAGGACAGCUCAUGUUAUGUCCAGGGCCCUGAUGGCAAGGACAAGAGCCCCGAUUGAGCCUCCCCGGCUCCUAGUGUCAUCCUACACUCAGAACACUGCCAACCUGUACUGGGAGAAGCCCCCGCUGAUGUCGGUGAUCGGGAAGGAUGAGGACGGACGACCCAUCUACCUGAGAAGGUACCUGGAGGGCUACAAGCUGGAGAUCAAUGGGAAGCUGCAGUGUUGUCUGGGGCCAGCUGCUCAGAGCUGCACUCUCACCAAGUGUAAGCCAGGGAAGAAGUACGACGUGACACUGGUGGCACUCACCUGUACCGAGGACGCUAAGAAGGAGAGGAAACAGAAGUACAAGGGUUUCUUCAAGAACACUAACCCGCAGGACCUGGACUAUGCCACCAUCUUGGACGACCCAGAGAGCCUGGACGAGGCACCAUCUGACUCUGUGGAGGUGACACUGCCCAAAAACCAGGAGGGCUUUAUAUCCACACUUACUUCUGAGUUCCUCCACCAAUCUGAGAGAGACAACAAAACGUUUGGAGAUGUUGUCUUGUCCUGGACCACUCAGGGGCAGAUAACUCCACUCAAACAGUUCAAUGUCGUGUGGUACUGUGAAGAUAGAGUUAUCCAAACAAAAUAUGUCCAGCCCACACAGAUGCAGUGUACUAUCCCCAUCACCAAGAUCAAAGCCACGUACACCAUCACUGUAGAACCAGUAUACUUCACCGAUGUCAUACCUCAGACAGCCCAGGAGAUACAGAUCAUGAUCCCUGGGCCGCCUGAUGCCCCCGAGAUCUUCCUUAGAACAGUCGAACCAGAGGAGUUCAUCAUUGAGUGGGGCGAGCCCAAGUUGUAUGGAGGGAUCAGGAUUAAAGGGUAUCAGGUCUACUUGAAUGACAAGAAGGCAGGAAAUGAGCUGAGUAGCUCCCAUAGGAAAGCUGUGAUUCCUUGCAGGCCCAACAGGACAUAUAAGAUCAACCUGGUAGCCCUGAGCUCUAAUCCCGAGUACAUGGACUCCCCCAAGUCCAAUGGCCUGCUGGUGAACACAUCGUCGUCUUCCCCCCGCCCCGGUGAGAGCAGCCUCAGCCUGGAGGACUGGUCCUCCACUGCUGAUGACCACGAGAUCUCCCUCAAGGUGACGCGCAUCUCGGAGAACUCCAUCCACCUUGACUGGAGCACCUUCCUGGAGACCGAGGGCGUCACCUUCUACAAGAUACAGUGGAGCAGUGUGGCACAGCCAGCGCAACGUGAGGUGCGCCUGUCUGAGAGGGACACCAACUGUGUCAUCAACAAGUGUCUGCCAGGGACUACUCACUUCGUGCGUCUGGUGGCGUACAGCGAGGACGGGCAGAUCAUGGACAAGUCCAAGCAGCUGACUGUCCAGACGUCUGCCCCACCAGACGGACCAGUGCUUUCCAUCAGGGCAUGCAACUUCCGCUACAUUGCCAUCCAAUGGGACAAGCCCAACACAUAUGGGGACGCUCUAGUCACAGGCUAUAAGGUCUAUGUUAACGGAAUUGUGGAGGCCAUCUUGAAUGCAGACCAGCUCAGCUUCACAUUCACACAUGGCAAGUGGUGCCAAGAAUACUCCUUCCAAGUGCAAGCCCUGACUGCCACGGAACGCCUCAACAGCAAGCCCUCGGAGCCCCUGGUGGUGCCGUGGCCGGGGGUGAAGCCACCCGCCAUCUUCCGCAUCCCCUCCGUGAGCAGCUCCACCCUGAGGGUGGGCUGGGAGGCUCCCUACAUGACGGAGGGCAUCAAGGUCAAACACUACCGGCUGUGUUGUGUGGAGGAGGACACUGAGAAGCUGGUGCAGAGUAUCGGACCCAUCCAUCCAGACACCCGCGAGGCCGAGUUUAAACAUCUUAAGAAGGGAAAUUACUCUGUCUACCUUGAAACACAUUUAUAUGGUACGAGUGAUGUGGUGAGAUCGGAGAUGAUCCGCAUGCAGCCUGCCCUGUCCCCCGACCCCCCUGUCAUCAGCAGCACCAUCGCAGGCCUGGAGGAGCGCAGACAGAUCGAGAAGAUCACCUGUGAUCUCGUCAACAAGCGGGACAGGUUGAUACGAGCAGUGGGCCAUAAGCUGAAGAAGAUUGGUGCCCUGGCUCAUCCAAUCAGAGCAGAGAAAAAUGAUGACAUCAUCCUGGGAGCACACACACUGACCAGAGUUGAGGAGCUUCUAGAGGACUGCUUCAAUGCUCUCGAACAGUACACGGGUCACCUGAUUGCCCAUGUGAGCUGGCAGUGCCCGCAGUCCAACCCCGACAUGGUCAUCUCCAGCUACAAGGUCCUCAUUGACGGCAAGCAGUACGGGAACGCCAUGCACUCCGGGGUCAAGACAGUCAGGAUCAAGCUGGGCCUGGAGCAGUCCAACUACAAGCUGUCCCUGGUGUCCAUGAGUGAGAAGCCCCAGGGCACCAGCGAGGAGUCCAACACCGUGGAGCUGCUGGCCACGCCCUUCAAGCCCUUCUCCUUCUACUGCUACCACGCCAUACACAACAAGGACACCACGUGGCCGUCGUACGGCUGCUGCAAGUACCAGGACUCCAUCAUGUAUGAGCGGCAGGUAGCCAAGAAGCUGGCCAACCAGGGACUGCUGCAGAAACACGUGCCACCGCCCGCCUGCAGCCUCCUGGAUGUGUUCGACGGGGUGUUCAAGCCCCUCAUGGGAGCACACAAACCCCAGCAUCCCACUGUGCUACUCUUCUGGACACCAUGGUGCCUACCUUCACAACAGAUCAUGUCCUUCUACACAAGAUUUGCCAGGGAAACUGCUAAAGAGUUUACGUUUGUUGCCGUGACGUGCGGCAUGUCCGGCGUAUCGGUGGCAGACAGGAAGAGCCUCAUCCAUCUCAUCACCUCCAAUGGUUGGCGCGAGGACGGCAUGGUCUGGCACUGCACCAACGAGUGUGCAUCCAACGUCUACGAGGCUGCAAAUAAUGUCCGCAAGACGCCUACUGGUAUGAGACUAGAGAGUGACCUGGAGGGCGAGCGGCAGAUGGAGUUGACGGAGCUGCUGGGUAUCGCGGGUGUCCCCACCUUCCUCUUCCUCCACCCUGAUGGGUACAUCGCCUGGCAUGGUCGGUACAGUGCCUAUGACUACGCGUCCUUCUCGGCCUUCAUGCGUCACACAAUGAGUGAGGUGCUCCACCAGCCCUGCCCUGUGUACAACUGUGACUGCUGCAAAAACGACAUGACCCUGGAUGACGAACUCUUCAACUCAGGACUUAUAUUCACCAAUGAGAACAGCCGCCACGGCUCACCAAAGAAUGUGACCAUCAUGCUGGGGAAGGACGACCCAACCCUUCCUGUCCCUGGGUCUAAACACAGCCCGUCUCACGAGCUGAAGUACGUUCCGCACAACGGGUACGCCGAUAACGCAGCAGGCACAGACAGGGUGUUUCUACGCAGGAAGCACUCACCCAAGAGGAAGAAGACACGGAUCAGUGUCAACAGUCGGCCAUUCUCAGCCUCAGCUUCCGUAUCCCCCCCUCAGUUACAGAACAGUCCGUACCUCGCCCGACUCCGCCCAACAUCACCCCGAUCGUACAGGACUCGGAACAGGCCAGUCAGCGCCAACAGACUCAACCAUUAUGUAUAGACCUGUGUCCAUGUGGUCGUCUCACAUUAAUUACGUUGUGACCACUGACAUCGAACUCGGAGAAUGUGCUACAGUGCAUAUGAGGAUAUAUGCAUGGAAGUUCUGGAACAGACAGCAUUGCAGUAGUGCAGUCAAGAGAUUAUCUUGACCAGAGUUAGGCUCUUGGAAUUGCAAAUUUAUUUAUUUUACACAUACUAAGUCUGGUCUUUAAUUUUAAGGCAGCAUUUGGAGAAUGACGUGCCCGUAGAAUCAAAUGUUUCCAUGUCAAAUUCCAUUCUAGAGCUAAAUUUGCCUUGAUUUGCCAUGAAAAUAUUUAAUAUUAUGCAAGUUGUUAUUGAGCAUAACUUUGUAAACGUUUAAUUCAGUCUGCAGUCAUAAUUAACAUCCUGAUGACGUUAGUGAAUCAUGUCAUUGUCAGGACAAUCACGUAGUUAUCACCAGUACAAUGACUGUACCAUGUCAUGUUUGGGACACUGGGCACUGUGGCAGCUUCAGGAUUUUUUUCAGUAAUGAACUACCACCAAUUUUAUCUUUGACAUCACGAGAAUCUGUUUUUAGCUCUAUGCAAAAUAUGAUAAUUUUCUUGUUGGAAACAUUUUAAUGAAAAUCAGAGCCAAAUGCCAAAACAAUACAGCAUAUGUUUUGGAAAAUAUUGUUUGAAUUUCACAAUUAUCAAAACCAUUUCAUGAAUUGGACAUAUCUUUCCAUUUUUUUAAAUAAUGCAAAGAAUCUUUCAUUAUCUUGAUGCAGCUAUCUGUGAUAUUUAUUUAUAUUUAGAAUUUAUUACUAUUUUGUCUGUGAUACUGUUUUAGCAGUUGCAUGUUGUAAAUAUAUAUCCUGAAUGUUCAGAGGCCACUACUGCAAGCAUCUUCAAUGGCCUCCUUAUGCCAAGAGCAGGCAUGCAUAUUUGUAAACACAAAUUGUUUCUCAACCUUUACAUUAUCACACACCUGAUACUAGAAUGUUACGUCUUAGUAAUCUACCUCACAUCCCUCCUUUCUAAACUCCAGUUUACUUCUUCGCUUGUUUAAACAACAUAAGGAUGUCUGACAUGCACAUGUAACCAUUUCUCCCCAAGUACGUGGUGCUGGAACAGAAAGGCAUUCAUUGAAGCUAUAUCUUCACUGACAUUAUGCUCGAUGGGUUUUGAAUAUCCAACUGUCAGACAUACUAAUGCUUGGUAGAUUAAUAAAUUACCUAUGUUGUAUUUAGCCAUCAUAUCUUUAAAUAGUAGUGAGCUGUUGUGAGGAUUAGAUAGCUCAUAUUCCACAACCAAACAGAACAAUAGUUGGUUUGUUACUGCUGUGAUAUACGAGUUGUGUAUUCAACUCUCCACAUAUAGCACCAAGGCUGACAGUGGCUAUAAUCAAAACAUGAGGCAUGCAAGUCAUGUAGAUUGCACUGCUUGUCAGGAACAAGAGGGUCGCCCUUUUCAGUUCUUCGUCCAUUUCAUGUCUAUUGCAUGCUCAGUGAAAUAUGCAACCUGCAGCUGAUUUUAUGGAAUAUGGCAUCUCUGAUGCAGAAAGGUGUCAGGUCUGAGUUUGAUAUGUGUUUGUAGGAUAUCACCUGCUUUUACCCAGUUUAUUGAUAUACAAAGUAUUUAAAAUCGACAGAAUCUGUGAUGAAUUUCAUGUCAUCAAUCAUUUGAUUUCACCGGCCAAAUAAGUUGAAUCCCUGUGUAUAUCUCUUGUAACAUGCUUAAUGGCACCAACAUUGCUUUCAAGAUAACUGUAUAUCAUAUUAUUUUUGUAUCAUAGUGUAGACACAUUGUAUAUUUCUAUUGAUUAUUUGAUUUGGAAACCUGAAUGUGCAAAUAUACUUCCAUGAAUUAACAUUGCUUGAUUGAUUAUGGCAUGUGCCCAGCUGGGUGCCUGUCGUUUCUGUGGUGUUGUGAUGUAUAUAUAACACACAGGACCCUGUAACAUGCCACCUAACAGAAUAAAAACCAUUUAUCAUGUAUUAAGCUGAGUAUAAAGUUGUUGAAUAAAAUCUUGCAGUUGA